CUCGAUCACGGCUUAUUGAACAACCUUUCUCAGAGUAUAACUCUGCUUUUGUAUUAAUUUCUUGCCACUAGAUUUAUAUCUAUUUCUGCAAUUCAUCAAGCUACUCCUCUUUGCAUCUGGACUAAAAUGGGCAGUCUAGGCAUCCAACCGUUCCAGGUAUGUUACUCUAGAAGCCAUACUAGCACGAGGGCUGACCCAUCAAUGUCCAGACCACAUUCGCAGUCCCUCUACACUGCGAAUCAUGUGUAAAGGACGUAACAGGAGCAUUGGAGAAGUUGGAAGGAAUCCACAACAUAAAAGCCAAUCUCACAGACCAACUCUUUUACAUUGAAGGCACAGCAGCUCCUUCAUCGAUCGUCUCAGCCAUUGAAUCAACCGGACGAGAUGCAAUCUUACGCGGAAGUGGAAAGUCAAAUUCGGCUGGAGUAUGCAUUCUCGAGACUCAUGCAAAAUCGGUCUCAGAUCCGGUCCGGGGUCUUGCGAGAAUGGUACAGGUUUCCGACAGUCACACCCUGGUGGACUUGACGUUGCGUGGAGUGUCACCUGGCACGUACCAUGCCACUGUACGGGAAGCGGGUGACAUCUCCCGUGGCGCGAGUUCGACAGGCGGCGUGUGGGAAGCCAUCAAGUCAAUGGCCGGUAUAGAUCAGCCUCGUGGGGUCUUUGGGACUGUCCAAGUGGGCAAAGAUGGGCGUGGUAGUGCCUUUUUGGAUCGACCUGUAUCGAUCUGGGAGAUUAUCGGUCGCAGCAUGGUGGUCUCGAAACAGCAAGAGGGUGUGUUUCAGACUGAGGAUCCAGACACCCUGGUUGGAGUCAUUGCUCGCAGUGCCGGGGUGUGGGACAAUGACAAGACAGUGUGUAGCUGCUCCGGAAAGACAGUAUGGGAAGAACGGAAGGAGCAGGUAGACAAAGGUAUGCUAUAGUAUGACCAUACAACUACGACGGUGGUCACAAGAAGCAGUUUGUGGAUGAAGAUUCAUAAAUUGGCCGCAUGUGAUUUUACACUGCUACACCAUUGUCGGCCGGUGGUCCAAUGACGCAACUUUGUAAAUCUCCCUUCGUGUUGCAGCAAGCAACACAAAAUAGAAAGCAAAACAAUGGACUGGUCGGAGAGUUGUGGACAAGGCUUCGUUGGGCUCGGGUUAGG